UUUCCACUAGUCUUCUUCCACUCUAGAGCCUUCCCGCACCACCCUUUCUUCCUUUCUCCUCCUCUCUCUUCUCCCUCCUCCUUCUUCUCCGCCUCCCUCUCAGGCUCCAGGUCUUCGGGAAAACCCGGGGCAGAUCUCAGGUCCGAACACGACUUGCGCACGCGCAGUUGCUGUGCCGGUUCGGCCGGUGGUUCGGAGGUUCCAGGCUGCUCAGUCCCGCUGCCCUCCAGGCCUCGGCUCCUGCUUGGGGCAGCUGCGCUGUGCCCUCAGGAUGAGCGUCCCCGACUACAUGCAGUGUGCAGAGGACCACCAGACCCUCCUGGUGGUCGUCCAGGCCGUGGGCAUCGUCUCUGAGGAGAACUUCUUCAGGAUCUACAAGCGGAUCUGCUCGGUGAGCCAGCUCAGUGUGCGCGACUCGCAGCGCGCGCUCUUCAUCCGGUACCGGCACCACUACCCACCCGAGAACAACGAGUGGGGAGACUUCCAGACGCACCGCAAGGUGGUAGGCCUCAUUACCAUCACCGACUGCUUCUCGCCCAAAGACUGGCCACAGACCUUUGAGAAGUUCCACGUGCAGAAGGAGAUCUACGGCUCCACACUCUACGAUUCCCGUCUCUUCGUGUUCGGGCUGCAGGGUGAUGUGGCUGAGCAGCCGCGCCCGGAUGUGGCCUUCUAUCCCAACUAUGAUGACUGUGAUUCAGUGGAGAAGCGCAUCGAAGACUUCAUCGAGUCCCUUUUCAUUGUGUUGGAGUCCAAGCGCCUGGACAGAGCCACCGACAAGUCCGGGGACAAGAUCCCUCUUCUCUGUGUCCCCUUUGAGAAGAAGGACUUCGUGGGACUAGACACAGAUAGCAGACACUAUAAGAAGCGGUGCCAAGGACGCAUGCGGAAGCACGUUGGGGACUUGUGCCUCCAGGCUGGGAUGCUGCAGGACGCCCUGGUACACUACCACAUGUCUGUGGAGCUCCUGCGCUCAGUCAAUGACUUCCUGUGGCUAGGGGCUGCCCUGGAAGGGCUGUGUUCGGCUUCCGUCAUUUACCAUUAUCCCGGAGGAACUGGUGGCAAGACCGGGGCUCGGAGAAUCCAAGGCAACUCACUUCCCUCAGAAGCAGCCAACAGACACCGGCCAGGGGCGCAAGAAGUUCUCAUUGACCCAGGUGCUCUCACCACCAACGGCAUAAAUCCUGACACCAGCACUGAGAUCGGAAGGGCCAAGAACUGCCUCAGCCCCGAGGACAUCAUUGACAAAUACAAAGAGGCCAUCUCCUAUUACAGCAAGUAUAAGAACGCCGGAGUGAUUGAGCUGGAAGCGUGUGUCAAGGCCGUGCGUGUCCUGGCUAUUCAGAAGCGUGGCAUGGAAGCUUCGGAGUUUCUUCAGAAUGCUGUGUACAUCAAUCUCCGCCAGCUUUCUGAAGAAGAGAAAAUCCAGCGCUACAGCAUCCUGUCUGAACUCUACGAGCUGAUUGGUUUCCACCGCAAGUCCGCAUUCUUCAAGCGAGUGGCUGCCAUGCAAUGUGUGGCCCCAAGCAUCGCAGAACCUGGCUGGAGGGCCUGUUACAAGCUCCUUUUGGAGACACUGCCUGGCUACAGUCUGUCGCUAGAUCCUAAGGACUUCAACAAAGGCACACACCGAGGCUGGGCUGCCGUUCAGAUGCGCCUGCUGCAUGAGCUGGUCUAUGCCUCCCGCAGGAUGGGAAACCCCGCACUGUCUGUGAGGCACCUAUCCUUCCUUUUGCAGACCAUGCUGGACUUCCUGUCUGACCAGGAAAAGAAAGAUGUGACUCAGAGCCUGGAGAACUACACCGCCAAGUGUCCUGGGACGAUGGAGCCCAUCACCCUCCCAGAUGGCCUCACGCUGCCUCCUGUGCCCUUUACCAAGCUGCCCAUUGUCAGGUGUGUGAAGCUGCUGAGCCUCCCUACCAGCCUGCGGCCACAGAAGGUGAAAAGCUUGCUGGGGCAGAGCAUGUCCACCAAGAGCCCCUUCAUCUAUUCACCGAUCAUCGCACACAACCGUGGAGAAGAACGCAACAAAAAAAUAGAUUUCCAGUGGGUUCAAGGAGAUGUGUGUGAAGUUCAGCUGAUGGUGUACAACCCAAUGCCGUUUGAGCUCCGUGUGGAAAACAUGGGGCUUCUCACCAGUGGAGUGGAGUUCGAGUCUCUUCCUGCAGCGCUUUCUCUCCCUGCGGAAUCUGGUUUGUAUCCAGUGACGCUAGUCGGGGUCCCACAGACUACAGGGAUGAUCACUGUGAAUGGCUACCACACCACAGUCUUUGGGGUCUUCAGCGACUGUCUUCUGGACAACCUUCCGGGACUGAAGACGGGCGGCUCCACCGUGGAAGUCAUCCCUGCCUUGCCAAGACUACAGAUCAGCACAUCGCUGCCCAGGUCUGCACGUUCACUGCAGCCUUCUGCUGGUGAUGAGAUUGCCACUAACGUGUCUGUUCAACUUUACAAUGGAGAAACUCAGCAGCUGGCCGUGACCUUGGAGAACAUUGGCCUGGAACCUCUGGAGCAGCUGGAGGUCACCUCCAAGCUUCUCACCACCAAGGAGAAGUUGUAUGGUGACUUCUUGAGCUGGAAACUGGAAGAAACGCUGGCCCAGUUCCCCCUGCAGCCCGGGAAGGUGGCUACUUUCACCAUCAACAUCAAGGCAAAGCUGGACUUCUCUUGCCAGGAGAAUCUCCUCCAGGACCUGAGUGACGAUGGAAUCAGCGUGAGCGGCUUUCCCCUGUCCAGUCCUUUCCGCCAGGUCGUCAGGCCCCGAGUAGAGAGCAGACCCACAAACCCUUCUGAGGGCAGCAAGACGGGGGACGUUGGCCACGUCAAGACUCUGGAAGCUGUCCUGAACUUCAAGUACUCUGGAGGCCCAGGACAUGUGGAAGGGUAUUACAGGAACCUCUCCCUGGGACUACACGUGGAAGUCGAGCCCUCUGUGUUUUUUACCCGAGUCAGCACACUUCCAGCAACCAGCACCCGGCAGUGCCACUUGCUCCUUGACGUCUUCAACUCCACAGAGCAUGAGCUGACAGUCUGUGCCAGGAACAACUCUGAACUUGUCCUGCAUGCCAGUGAGUGCCAGCGAAUGGCUAUUCAAGUGGACAAGUUCAACUUUGAAAGUGUCCCAGAGUCCCCUGGAGAGAAGGGACACUUUGCAAAUCUGAAGCAGCUGGAAGAAGAGAGGCAGGAGGCACGAGGCCUGGAGAUCAGCCGCAAGCUGGACAUCCGCUGGAGAAUUCCAUCUCUGAAGCGCAGUGGCGAGGCAAGCGUGGAGGGCCUCCUGAACCAGCUCAUCUUGGAACACCUGCAGCUGGCGCCUCUGCAGUGGGAUGUGCUGGUGGACGGGCAGCCAUGUGACUGUGAGGUGGCAGCUGCCUGCCAGGUCGGGGACCCUGUGCGCUUGGAGGUGCGGCUGACUAACAGGAGUCCCCGCAGUGUGGGGCCCUUCGCCCUCACCGUGGUCCCUUUCCAGGACCACCAGAAUGGUGUGCACAACUAUGAUCUGCAUGAUGUCAUCUCCUUUGUGGGUUCCAGUACCUUCUACCUUGACACGGUACAGCCAUCGGGCCAAUCUGCCUGCCUUGGGGCCCUCCUCUUCCUCUACACAGGUGACUUCUUCCUCAACAUCCGCUUCCACGAGGACUGCAAGAGCAAGGAGCUGCCACCAUCCUGGUUCUGCUUGCCCAGCGUGCAUGUGCGGGCCCUGGAGGCACAGGCCUGAGCCCCUUACCCUGAAGGCUGUGUCCUCCGUAUGCCAUAGCCAGCACUCCUCCUCCUCCCUCCCCGAAGUCACCCUGAGGCUCCACCCUGCUUUGUUUCUGGCCUGUUAUGCUGAAUGACCUCAUAUCCAGUGCCAGCCUGGGUGGUGGCCCUGGAUGGCCAGCGUAGCAGAGGAGCCUCUCUGAUUUGCCAUCUCCCUUUGGCUGUAAGAAGUGCUGAGCCACCCCUUGAGUCUCCUGAGGUCUGGCUUACUCCUACAAAUGUCACUGGCAGCCCAAGCAAGGGAGGGGACAGUGUGGGUAACCAGGGUGAGCAGGCAUCAGGGUGUUCCCUGCCUCUGUGUUCUGGUCUCCAAGUAUGUGUAUUUAUGUUGUCAUGUUCUCCAAUAAAGGCCUGCCUUGCUUACCUCA